AUGUUCUGUGAGACACGUCAUGAUGAGGGCAGGUAGUGCGCAUGCGCGUUCUGGAGGUUUCCUCACGUGGAGAACUGCAGGGAGGCUCAGAUCCAGACUCUCUGGCUGCGGUGCUGCUUCAGACAGGCUCUCAGACUGCGCUCCCAUCCAAUAAUGGCCUUCAGGAAGUUCCUCCCUCUGUUCGACCGGGUGCUGGUGGAGCGCCUCACAGCAGAGACGGUAACCAAGGGAGGCAUCAUGCUGCCAGAGAAGUCUCAGGGCAAAGUGCUGCAGGCCACGGUGGUGGCAGUCGGCCCAGGCUCAGUUAACCAGGAUUUCUACAACUGGCCUGAUGAAUCCUUUGAGGAGAUGGACAGCACGCUGGCUGUUCAGCAGUACAUCCAGCAGAACAUCAGGUCAGAUUGCUCCAACAUUGAUAAAAUCCUGGAGCCUCCUGAGGGUCAGGAUGAAGGCGUCUGGAAGUAUGAGCACCUCAGGCAGUUCUGUCUGGAGCUCAAUGGACUUGCUGUUAAGCUGCAGAGCGAGUGCCAUCCUGACACCUGCACUCAGAUGACAGCCACAGAGCAGUGGAUCUUCCUAUGCGCCGCCCACAAGACGCCCAAAGAGUGCCCCGCCAUUGAUUACACCAGGCACACGCUGGACGGAGCUGCCUGCCUUCUCAAUAGCAACAAAUAUUUCCCCAGCAGGGUGAGCAUCAAAGAGUCAUCAGUGGCCAAGCUGGGCUCCGUCUGUCGCCGCAUCUAUAGGAUAUUUUCUCAUGCCUACUUCCAUCACCGCCAGAUAUUUGACAAGUAUGAGAACGAGACGUUCCUGUGUCACCGGUUCACGCGCUUCGUGAUGAAGUACAACCUGAUGUCCAAGGACAACCUGAUAGUUCCCAUCCUGGAGGAGGAAGUCCAAAACACCUCAUCGGCUGGCGAGAGCGAGGCCUAACGGCGGCGGCCGGAGGGGAGGCGCGCGUACGCUCACCAUAUCUAUACAGUACCGAGGAGACGCACUCAUUCUGCAUAAAUAUCUAUGAAUAUAUGUAUAGACACACUACAGUGUAUUGAGACUCCUCGUCUGCAGACACUGUCCUCGUUAAGC